AUGCCCCUGCAUACCUCUGGAACUAAGAACGCUAAAUCACCCAAAAUUCGGCGAACCCAUUCAGGUUGUAAGGCAUGCCGUAGAAGGGGCAAACGAUGUGAUGAGACAAAGCCUAGCUGCCAGGCCUGCACAAGGCUGUCGUUGGAAUGCAGUUAUGCUGUCGAGUUCAGUUUUCGCAAUACCACUGGAGCGCUCAUCCAGGAGUGUCGGGCGGCUCGCAGAGGUUCAUCUCGAUCAGCCACAAUCCCCACAGCCUGUGCGCUGAACGAUGUAUCAGACGAGAAACAUAGCAAUGAAAUGCUCAACGCCAUCGGCAGUCUUUCAAACCUAGGUAUCCCAGCAAGUCUUAGGACCGAGGAGAAUCUAGAGAUCAGCUAUGUUAGUCAUUUUCAGAGCCACGUGCGCCAUCUUCUCCCGGCAGUUUCUCCGCACAUGAUAGACAGUUCUCUCGGAUUCCCUGGCUUAAGAUUCGCUCUACUGUGCAUUUCAGCUUCCAAUCUUUCCAUGCUAAAUUCACGGGUUCAAAGCCGCAUUUUACUUGAUAACAGUCGAAGAUCUGUCUUCAGCCCCUGUGUGAAUAACCUACACCACGCCUACGCCCAGAAAUACCACAAUUUGGCAUUGUGGUAUUGUCGCGCCGCUCACUCCGACGAGGUUCGCCUUCAAGCACCUGCAUUUCUUACUGCAUACGUCCUCCUCGCAUAUUACCACCAUGCAUCAACAAAUCAUCUAAGGUUUCGAAAGGCGGUCGGGGACGCUGUCCGAUUUGUUCUGCAGAACAGAGCGUACAUUGUUGACUCACGGGAGGGAGCUGAUUCAUUACAAAUGUGGUACCGACUGUGCACGUCUCACAGACCGGCCAAGCCACCUGCACUCCUCUUAGAGGGUGAAGGGCCCAGCUCAUUUGGGCCCAACCUCCUUCCAGAUAUUACGGAGCACCUGUAUCUCAACUGUAUCAUUGGUAUGAGUGCGGACGACCUGAUUUACGAUAUCCUCAUCAAGACGCUGGAAAUUCGGACAAAGUUAGUGGUCUUUCGUUGCGUUUCGGGCACCUGCCGGGUACCUGAGCGUUCAAAUGAGAUAGGCAGCCUCACUCAUGAAAUCUUGAACAAAAUGCUAGGAAGGAAAUGUGGGCCGGAUGAAUACGCAGAAGCCCGAGAAAGUUUUGUACGCGGCUCACAUCUACUGGGUCUAAUGGAAGUUCAAAGAGAACGGCUGGGGGUGUGGCGAUCCCGGUUGAACGCGGAUCAGCUACCAAUCCAUCUCACGUACAACCCAUAUGUACAAGGGGUCCCUAGCUCGCAUGUUUCAUCAUUUUCUUUCGCAUCAUCCACACCCGCCGGUCGUAGAUUUCCAACCCAUCGUGACGCUAUGAACGCCUUAUAUUACAUGCUCUGCGUAAUGAUGUUCGAGGAAACUAAUCAAACUCUCCCGCCAAAGGGAGAGUCAUCCGUGGUGCAUGAAGAUAUUGCCACUCUGAUGGACAAUGCAGCGCACACUGUGUGUGAAAUUGCCGGUACCUUGAAUCUCGCAGUGUCCAAUACCUCGGAUCGAUCGGAUGCGCUCUUUCACUACAUCUUGGAUAUCUUGUGGCCACAGAUUGAGAGCUACGGGAGAGGCUAUGAGCACUCUCACUACCCCACACAUCUCGUCAAGCGAAUCAUCGCUCAAAUUGCAGCGUACUGGGAGAAGGACCAAGUGAUUCUUUUUGCUUUGCCGGCAGUCGCAGAGGAUAUACCGAAGUUAAAGUUGCUAGAUAUUGAUCAUCCAGUCAAUCUGGUAGUUUGCGGCUAUGACAAGGAUGGUACACAUUUUCUUGAGAAAGUCCCGCUUCCAUGAGCUUUACCUUGAUUAGCUGUUCAUACCCAGUCUUUAAUUGUUUCC